CAUGCAUAGGCACAAUUCUUUUUUUUUUUUGAAUAAAUGAAGUAUGGGAUUUGAAAACAAGUUUGUGUAAAGUGAACAAUUUUUUUAGCUUACAUUUGAUUUGCUUUUUAUAUGAUGUCUCGAAGAAGACGUUAUGAUUAUUUGUCGGUUUCUAUGCUUGGAAAGAAGUACGAAACAAAGCGUAAAAAACCGGCACGUCGGUCACAAGGCAAUUUAGAUAAAGAACAUGUAUAUUUGAACGAAUUUGAAGACCGAAUCUCUCCAGAACUGACAGCAGUGCCAAGGAGUGUUUUUGCGUCGACAAAUGAAACAGCCAACCAAUCGUUGAAUCCCAAUAUUCGGCAAGAUGAAGAUAAUUUAAACCACGAUUCAUUUCAACUUUUUAAUCAAUUUGUGAGAAUAGAGACACAAAAUGCUGAUGAGUUAAACAGUACAGUUGACAGUGAAAUACCCAAUGGAAUACAAAACAAUGGUGAAAAUAUCGAUGAAUCAGGCAACAUUAACGAUUGGAAUGAUUUUUUUUAAUGUGUUUUCGAAGAAGAAUCAUUCACAAUUUCGAGUGAAUUCGGAUAUAAUUAUAGCCGAAAUUUUGUUCUUGGUUGUGAACUACUACGUUCGUCAUAACUUGUCACAAGAUGCACUAGAAGAUUUAUUGAAAAUGCUAAAUGUUAUUAGUGGAACAAAAUGCUUCCCUGAAAAUUUUGAAACAUUCGCGUCUCAGUUCCGUAAUAACCCAUAUGAUGCCAAACGUGUUUAUUUUUGUACAUUCUGUCAAUAUGAUUUUGGAACAAACCUACCCAAGAAAGGAACAUUAUGCCCUAUUUGUAAAUCACAAGGACAUGAUUUUUUCGUAACUAUACCUAUUGAGCCACAACUUCGUGAAAUGGUACUAAAAUAUAGCCUGGAAAUUGAGCAGCAUUCCAUGGAAAUCGAAAAUAAGAAUAUUUGUGAUAUUAAUCGAGGACGCGUAGCAAGGCGUUUAAUGAAAGAGCAUCCGGAGAAACAUCUCACGUUAAGUUCUAAUACUGAUGGUGCAGCGUCUCGAAAGAGUACGACAAAAAAAACACUUUAUCCGGUUUUCGUUACACUUAACAAUCUCCCGCCAGUACUUAGAUUCAACAAACACAACCUUUUAAUUGCUGCACUUUGGUUAUCAAAGGAAGAACCCAACCUUAAUUUACUCUACAAAUAUUUUUGCAUAGAAUUAAGAAUACUAAAGAAAGGUAUCUCGAUCGGUAAUCAAAACUAUACAGUCAGUCUUCUACAAAAUUGCGUGGAUUCUGUGGCAAGAUGUAAAGUUUUGUGUAUGAAGCAAUAUAAUGGAGAUUACGGAUGCACAAUGUGUCUGCAUCCCGGAAAAGCUACUGAUGCAAGCCCAAUAAGAUAUUAUCCAAGUCAACGGUAUCCCAAACGUGACGAUGCGACCACUAGAAAAAUGAUGGAUGAAGUUCAAUUUACAGGUCAAGAAGUGCAUGGAAUAUUAAAUAAAUCAGUUUUCGUGGCUCUGCCUGAAUUCGAUAUCAUAAUAAGUCACCCUCCAGAUUAUAUGCACGCAGUUCUUCUGGGGGUUAUGAAACAGUUAUGGGCAAGUCUAACUGAAAGUGAAAAUCAUAAAGCUCCAUUUUACGUAGGACUUCGUAUGAAAGAUAUUGAGAAACGUUUUCUCUCCUUCCGACCUCCAAGCUCAUUCCCGAGGUAUCCACGUUCAUUGAAUCAAGUAAAAAAAUUCAAAGCAAACGAAUGGGAAGCCAUGUUAUUACAUUAUAUAUAUCCUAGUUUAUAUAAAAUUCUUCCUGACCAUUUAUUGAACCAUAUUAUGCUUUUAUCAUCUACAAUAUUUUUAUUAUUGGAUCCAAAUUUGUCUGAGGAAAUGAUUAAUUGGUGCGAUAAAAAGCUUAAACUUUUUGGUUGCCAAUUUGAGGCUAUUUAUGGAAUAGGACGAAUGACUUACAACGUUCAUUUGAUGUCUCAUUUAGCAGAAACUGUUCGAAAUCUUGGAGCAUUGUAUAACUCAUCAUUGUUUCCUUAUGAAUCAGGAAACGGAAUGCUAUUAAAAUUUUGCAGUGGCAACAACAAACCUGUUCUUCAAAUCGAAAAAAAAUAUUACUUGAAUAAACUUUGUCAAAACAGCAGGGUGCCUCAAGAUUCGGUCAUUAAGCAGUGGGUUCAGUCUAUAUGGUUCAAGAAACAUUCUAUAGUUCAGUAUAAUCCUCAAAAAAUAUUUACUGUGAAUAAUUCUACCCUCUUCGAUAAUGAUGUAACACAACGUCAUUUCAGCUAUCAUUCUAGACUGUACUACAAUCGCUUAAAUUUGUGCACAAAAGCUGCUUGCUCAGAUCUCAAAUAUGAUGAUUCAUGGAUUUGGAUCAACAGUAAUUUUUUUCGUAUUCAUGCUAUUCUAUGCGAUCAAGCAAAUAUAAUUUAUAUACUUGGCCAAAAGUUGGAUACUAUUAGUUUGUUUCCUAAUAUGUAUUCCUAUACUUUCACGGAUGAAGUUAGAAUUAUGAAAGUUACGGAUUCUUUAAAGCAAUGUAUUAGUAUGAAAGUUGAAACUAACGGUGAAUACAUGAGAUUCAUUUCGAUAUGCAAAAAGCAAACACAAGUUGAUUAAAAAGAACUUUUAAUAAAUAAUGUAUCAUUCUUCAGAUGCUAUUCUUGUUAAAAAGUUAGAUUGAAAUGAAAUGCCUUGUGUUCCUGCAGGUUACAUCAAAUGAAAAUAACAAUACAAAAUAAUUGGAAACCCAAAUAUGUUUACAUGUAUUACUAGCCAAUUAAAUGCCGUUAUUAUAUGCCCUAAACCGAAA